CUCUUGAGACCUUAGAAACAAGAAUGGCACCAUGGAUACUACCCUUGCUCUAUUCACUAAUACUUUUACAAUCUAGUACCUCAUCGUUUGCAAAGUUUCAACCGAGGUACUUCCCUUCUUCGAUCAUCGGGCCUUCAACACGAUCUGUUGCUAGCAAUAGCGAGCCUUACAAAACGAAAUACUUCACACAAAUCCUUGAUCACUUCAAUUACAUCCCACAAAGUUAUCAAACCUUUCAACAACGAUAUUUGAUCAAUGACACCUUUUGGGGUGGUCCUAACGCUCCAAUUUUCGUGUACACAGGGAAUGAAGGAAAUAUUGAAUGGUUUGCUCAAAACACUGGUUUCAUGUACGACAUCGCACCUGAAUUCAAAGCUCUUCUCGUGUUCAUAGAGCAUAGGUACUAUGGAAAAUCAAUACCAUAUGGAGGUGAUAAAAAGAAAGCAUACAAGAAUUCAAAGAAUCUUGGAUACUUGAGCUCAACACAAGCGAUGGCUGAUUAUGCAACACUCAUUAUUGAUCUUAAAAACAACUUGACAGCCACAAACUCUCCUGUUGUUGUCUUUGGAGGUUCCUAUGGUGGAAUGUUGGCAGCAUGGUUCAGACUAAAGUAUCCACAUGUAGCCAUUGGAGCAUUGUCAUCUUCUUCACCAAUCCUUCAAUUUGAAAACAUUACAUCUCAAUAUAGCUUCAACAAUAUCAUUACACAAGACUUUAGGAGCGAAAGUGAGAACUGUUAUAAGGUAAUAAAGGGGUCGUGGAAACAAAUCGAGGACACGGCUAGCUCACACGGGGGACUUGAAUUACUUCGAAAAUCAUUUCAUAUAUGCAAAAAUUAUAUAAGUGGAGAUGCUAUCGAAGGUUGGCUUUCAACCGCAUUUGUCUAUACAUCAAUGACGGAUUAUCCAACUUCAUCUAGUUUUCUUGCUCCAUUGCCGGCUUAUCCUAUCAAACAAAUGUGCAAGGCGAUUGAUAAUCCUUCUCUCGGAAACGACACAUUUGCAAAGUUGUAUCAGGCAGCUAACAUUUACUACAACUACACCGGGGACGUUCCGUGUUUUGAUUUAGCUGAUGAUUCCGACCCUCAUGACCUAGGAGGCUGGCAAUGGCAGGCCUGUACAGAAAUGGUAAUGCCAACAAGUGGAAAUAAUAAAGAGAGUAUAUUUCCUGUCUCAGCAUAUAGCUACACGGGCCAUGCCCAAUACUGUGAAGCAGCUUAUAAUAUCCAGCCCAGGCCCACUUGGAUUACUACAGAAUUUGGUGGCCAUGAUAUUGCGAAAGUAUUAAAGCGUUUUGGGAGCAAUAUAAUAUUUUUCAAUGGUUUACGAGACCCUUGGAGUGGUGGCGGGGUGCUAAAGAAUAUAUCAAAAAGCAUUAUUGCCAUAGUUGAGAAAGAAGGGGCACACCAUGUUGACCUAAGAUUUGCAACCGAUAAAGAUCCUAAAUGGCUUCGAGAUGUAAGAAAGAAAGAAAUCAGUAUUCUCAAGGAUUGGAUCUCGGAAUACUAUCACAACAAUUUGGCUGAUUCCUACACAAACUAGAGUAACAUACAAACCGUCUAUCGGCACACAGAUAUGCGUAUAUUUUUGCUUUUAAUUGUACAAUGAGAUGGAUUUUUUUAUUUUCUAUUUUUAACCUUUUUAUUUCA